UGUUGCUGUUGUUGGUUUUGUUGUUGUUGUUAUCAGAUGUUUUGAUAUGCUAUCAGAUCACUUUUUUGCCACUGCUUUUUGUCAGCGAAAUGUAAUGCGAAUUUAACAAAAUGCAACAAUAAUUGCAAACAAACAAUUCCAAAUGCAUUACAACAUGAAUGAUGCGGAUGUGGCGUUCUCGAGCUUCUAUAGCACCGUGGGCAACCAGCUGCAGCUUCACAAUGCCGAUCUCUCGCUGUACACGCCGAUACACUCCCUGGAUCACGACAAUUUCACCGGUCUGUUCGACGAUGACCAAGCUCUGCUCAAUAUUCCAAUAACAACGACAGCACCAACAUCAUCGCACAAAGGGAACGGAGCUGCGGGCGGAGUUGUUGAGACUACCUGCAUACCCUUUGUGCAGAUCCACACGACGGACUUACAGCAACAAUCGGAGCCGGGCAGGAGUUAUCGCAAUGGAUUCCGAAGGAAGACAGCCGAAAUCAAAUCGGAGGCGGAACUUAUCAAAUCCGAGCUGGCCGAGGCGGCGGCCAAGGAACGCAUCAAUGCCACACCCACGCCUCCCACAUCCAAGUCGAUAAGCGGCGAUGUCUGUCCAGAUACAGUGCUGGCCACACCUCUCAACAAGUGUCCCAACUGCCCGUUCCUCAGCCUUUGCCAAGUGAGAAUACAAACCCACAUCAGCGGCUGCUUUGGCGUCGAUGCCCAGAGACGCCUUCAGUGUCCAGGCUGUGCGAAUGUAUUCUACAACAUGGACGUGCUGAAUCUGCAUCUCAGUGAAGAUCAUGAGCUGGAACCACAGGAGAUAUCCACACUGCUGCAAACGCUGAAGUUAACUAGUAAAGCCAAUGAAACAACCGCCAAAAAGUCGCAACUGCCGCCUACGAAAAGUCGCAUCUUCAUCAAGAAUGUAGAUUGUCUGCGGGAACCGUUGCGUGAACAGGAUGUCAAUCAGUUGUCUGACUUUCUGCCGCUUUUGUCAUCGCCGCCAGACGGCAGCUCUGGCAAUAUCCUAGACCUGCUGGAUGAUGUUGAUGUUGCUAAUGUCGAGGCGGUGAAUCACCAGCAGCAGCAACCACAUCAGCCACAACCACAACAUCAAGAUCCAACGAUAAUUGGCCAAAAGCAGCCGGGUCAAAAGAUAUCCAUCAAAAGUGUCGAUGUGCUGAGGGAGCCAGCAUUGCUGCCCUUUGAUUUUCAACUGCCCGUCGCUGUGGAGCAGCAGCAUCAACAGUUACCUCAGUUGCCCACGCUGAUGAUGACCAACAAUAUACUGAACGUGGAGCCGGAGAAGCCACGUCAGCCGAAAAUCUACAUACGCAAUGUAGACAUUUUAAAGGAGCCCAUGUUGUUGCCUGGCAUGGGAUUCAAUGAUGUGCCAGCCUCUAGUGUCACCAGUCCCGUUGAGAUAUUUCCCGCUGAAACGCUGCUAACGCCAACGGGUCAGGUUGGUCCGUUGCCUGGCUUUGAGCCCUCUUUGGCGCCCCUAGCCAGCAUGUGCGCCGAGGCCUUCAACUUUGAGUCCGUGCUAAGUGGUGCAGGCACCACUAGCGGCUCCAGCAGCAACAACUUUAGCGCACUCGAUCUCGACUUUGGUGUGGACUUUGAGCAUAGUGUGCCCUUGGUAACGGAGCCUACGCCACCACCAGCACCACCUCCGCCGCCUGCACCGCCGUCAAUGGCAAUGGCCAGCAACGGGCAGCUAACUGAGUUGGGCACAAUCCAACAGGACGAGCUCAACACACAACUUGCCAGCUAUUUGCCAGUUAAUCCUGUUGCAACAACAACAACAGCGUCGACAACAUCCAAGCAAAAGAUCUUUAUAAAGAAUGUUGAUAUAUUGAAGGCACCACAACGUGGAACAUUGCAUCUCCGCACUGUCGAUGAGCUCAAUCUGAUGAAUCGCAACGAAGUGGAGCACCUGAUUGUGCCCAAUCGUGAGCCACUGCCCCUGGAGUUGCCCCUGAGUGCGCCUGCAGCAACACUGGAGUCCUCUCUGGUUGAUUUCCAUCAGCAGCCACAGGGAACAGCGCCAUCCUUGAGCUAUGACGACAGCUAUGAUUUGGCUGAAGAUCUGGAGUGCUGGCCCUGGAUAGAGGAGGCGGUGCCAGCAGCCAUAACCACGGUUGGAGUGGAAUCGGAGCAGGAAACCACACAGCUAGAGCUGCCACACAAUGCCGAGGAUAUACUCAUCAAAGAUUUCCCGCAAUUGUACGCACCGCAGACGCCAGACGUGGCCACCGUGCCACCUCUUGUCCCAGUUACAUCCUCUCCAGCUGCGACAGCGACUUCAACAGCAACUGAUAAUCUUCAUGGUCCUCCAGUGCCGCCGCUGGUGCCGCUGGCAACAGAAGCUGUUGCAGAGAAACCCGCUCGCAUCUAUGUUGCCAACAACUUGUUGCCCGCUGUCGUUGAGCCACCGCUGUCUGGAGGCACGUCCGUGCGGGGUCGCCCCUAUGGAGCUAAGCAGGCGGGUCAGACCAAACGACGGCCGGCACAGAGCGCUGCUCAGGCGGUGGAGGGCGGUAAAUGCACGGUAGAGGGUUGCAUGUUCCGGUUUAAGUCUCCGGCGACGCUGGAGUAUCAUGGACGUUGUCAUAACGGAGCACUUGGCUCGGCACACCCGAUGAUCUGUCCGGAGUGCAGAUCAACGCAAUUCAGCAAUUGGAAUUGCCUGCACACACAUCUCUGGCGCACACAUGAGAUCGAUAUGGAGCUGUAUUGCUGUCAAUUGUGCAGCUUCAAAACGCCAAUAUAUUCCCGAUUGGUCAACACUCACUCCAAGAUUCAUUCCGAGGAGCGCAACUACAAGUGCGAGCAGUGUGGCAAGGGAUUCAAGAAUACCAAACAACUAAAGAACCAUCGACGACUCCAUCGCACCCAGGGUCUGGGAAUGGCCAAGUCAAGUAUCUCUGAGGAACAGGUUACGACUUCAAUUUCAACUUCAACCCCGACGUUGCAUCGCUGCGAAGAUUGUGGCGCCGCCUUCAAACACCGCAAAACACUGCGGGAACAUCUCUGCAAGCAACGCAACGAGCAGCCUCAAUGCACCAGUUGCCAGCGCGUCUUCAGCUCGAAGAGCAGCCUCAAGUUGCACAUGCGCAGUCAUCAGGCGAACAAGCGCUUCAAGUGCGAAAAGUGCGAGUUUGAGGCAAACGAUCACAAUUCCUUUCGACGUCAUCUUGCCACACAUCGGGAUCCCAAACGAUAUGCGUGUCCACACUGCGACUUUCGGGCUAUACAGAGCACUGCCUAUCGGAUACACUUAGAGAAGCGUCAUCCAGAGCAGGAGUUGUCGACCAUUAUAUACAAAUGUAAUGUGUGUAGCUUUUCCAGCAUCAAUCGUGGCCUGUUGCUGGUCCAUCAGGCCAAACAUGAACCAGCUCCAGUUGAAUCUUCUAAGAUCAAAGUGAAAAGCAGCCUGCAGCUCGCACAUUCCAAGGAACAUGAUGAAGUGUCUUUUCUGCCACCAGACAGCGCUCUGAAUGCUUAGAGCAUUGUAUAUAUUUAUCCGUUUUAUAUAUCUAUAUAUAGCAUAUGGUUUUGUACAAAUGAAACACACAAAGUGCCGUCGUGUCAUGGGGUUGUCACAAUUUGAAGUGUAGUUAAUAGAUCAUUUUAUACCAAAAUUACAUAUACCAAUGUUAGCUAUGUCUAAAUAUUUGUGCAAUCUUUUCAAACAGUGCGUUUAAAUCUAGUUAAGUUUAAACGAUUCAAUUUAACCUAUGUAAAUAUUAAAA